UCUGCGCUCUUCAACUUCAAGUCCCUCCUGCUCGUCAUCCUGCUAUUAAUCUGCACGAGCACAUACGUGCACCACUUUACGCCCGGCAUCAUGGACCGGAACAAGAACGGCGUCAUGGGCAUCUUCUGGAAGUGCGCGAGGAUAGGGGAACGACUGAGUCCCUACAUAAGCAUCUGCUGUGUCAUCAUGGCUGUACGUAUAACGACUUUGCACUCUCUGCUCUUCUCGUGCUUGUUCAGUGUGCUAACCCAGAGAUAG